AUGGCGCUGCACUCCGUCUCUUCCGUUCCCCACGUGCUGCGCCUCUCCGAGCCAUUCCCUUCCCUCCAUAACGCUCACCUCCUCCUCGACCUCGCCCCUCUCCGCCGCAGACCCAAGCGUCGUAAUCGCAAACUCACGGCCUUUCCCUCGCCAUCCUCGCUCCCUCAUUCCGCCGUCCAAGCCGUUCUCCACCUUGACCGCUUUGCCGACAACCGCCUCCAUGCUUCGCCUGCUUCCUCUUCUUCCGAUUCCAAACCGCAGGUUGCAAACUUGGAGGACAUUAUAUCUGAGAGAGGAGCCUGUGGGGUUGGAUUCAUUGCCAAUUUGGAGAAUAAGGGAUCACAUGAGAUUGUCAAGGAUGCUUUAAAUGCUUUAAGUUGUAUGGAACAUCGUGGUGGUUGUGGAGCUGAUAAUGACUCUGGUGAUGGCUCAGGGCUGAUGACUGCAAUUCCAUGGGAUCUAUUUGACAAUUGGGCCAACAAGCAAGGGAUUGCUUCCUUUGAUAAGUUGCACACUGGUGUUGGAAUGGUUUUUUUGCCCAAAGAUGUGCAACUCCUCAAUGAGGCAAAGAGAGUUAUUGUAAAUACUUUUCGACAAGAAGGUCUUGAGGUUCUUGGUUGGAGGUCUGUCCCUGUAAAUACUUCUGUAGUAGGUUAUUAUGCAAAGGAGACCAUGCCCAAUAUACAGCAGGUAUUUGUUAAGAUAGUGAAAGAAGAAAAUGUUGAUGACAUUGAACGAGAACUGUACAUCUGUCGGAAAUUGAUUGAAAAAACAGUAAGCUCAGAAAGUUGGGGGAAUGAGCUUUAUUUCUGUUCUUUAUCAAAUCAAACCAUAGUUUACAAGGGGAUGCUUCGCUCAGAAGUGCUUGGGUUAUUUUAUUCUGAUCUUCAAAAUGAUAUUUACAAGUCCGCUUUCGCCAUAUAUCAUCGAAGGUACAGCACAAAUACUAGUCCUAGAUGGCCUCUUGCACAACCGAUGAGGCUUCUUGGUCAUAAUGGAGAGAUCAACACCAUACAGGGAAACUUGAAUUGGAUGCAAUCACGGGAACCAUCAUUGAAGUCACCUGUAUGGCGAGGUCGUGAAAAUGAAAUUCGUCCAUAUGGAAAUCCAAAGGCAUCAGACUCGGCAAAUCUUGACAGUGCUGCAGAAUUAUUGAUAAGAAGUGGUCGAAAUCCUGAGGAAGCUAUGAUGAUUCUUGUUCCAGAGGCUUAUAAAAAUCAUCCAACUCUGACAAUCAAAUAUCCCGAGCCUGGUGCAAAACAAAGGAUUGCUAUUGUGAAAGGGGUGGUGGGGGAUGAUCUCAUUGAUGUGGCGGUUGACUUCUAUGACUACUACAAGGGUCAGAUGGAAGCUUGGGAUGGACCAGCCUUGCUUUUGUUCAGUGAUGGGAAAACUGUUGGUGCAUGCCUUGAUCGUAAUGGACUUAGACCCGCAAGGUACUGGAGAACAUCGGACAAUAUGGUCUAUGUUGCCUCUGAGGUUGGUGUUGUGCCAGUGGAUGAGUCAAAGGUUGUCUUGAAAGGUCGUUUAGGUCCAGGCAUGAUGAUAACGGUUGAUUUACCGGGUGGUCAGUUAGACAGUGUUGAAGCAAGGUCCUCAUUCUGUUCUCCUGCUGACACUAUCCGUUCAAUAUGUAUGUUCUGUUCUGAUGUUUUUCUCCCAAAUUUCAUUGGACAUCCUCUCAGAGUUGUAGCUUCCCACGUCUAUGAGAAUACAGAGGUUAAAAAACGAGUAGCCUUAUCAAACCCAUAUGGGAAAUGGAUCAAGGAAAAUUUGCGGUCUUUGAAGCCUGGGAACUUCCUUUCAGCCUCUGUGAUGGACAAUGAGGCAGUAUUAAGACACCAACAGGCAUUUGGCUACUCUAGUGAAGAUGUCCAGAUGGUGAUUGAAAGUAUGGCUUCUCAAGGAAAGGAGCCCACGUUUUGCAUGGGAGAUGAUAUUCCAUUAGCAGCAUUGUCUCAGAAACCUCACAUGCUUUUUGAUUAUUUCAAGCAACGGUUUGCACAGGUUACAAAUCCUGCAAUUGAUCCUCUUCGAGAAGGAUUGGUUAUGUCUCUUGAAGUGAAUAUAGGGAAGAGAGGGAAUAUAUUGGAAAUUGGGCCUGAGAAUGCUUCACAGCAGGUUAUGUUAUCUAGUCCAGUAUUGAAUGAAGAGGAGCUUGAAUCAUUACUAAAAGACUCCCAGUUAAAACCACAAGUAUUACCUACAUUUUUUGACAUAACUAAGGGCAUUGAAGGUUCGUUGGAGAAAGCAUUAAAUAAGCUUUGUGAAGCUGCAGAUGAAGCUGUCAGAAAUGGUUCUCAGUUGCUUGUUUUAUCAGACCGUUCAGAAGCACUGGAACCAACUCAUCCGGCAAUUCCAAUUCUUCUUGCUGUUGGUACUGUUCAUCAGCAUUUAAUCUCGAAUGGCCUGCGGACAUCAGCUUCAAUUAUAGCAGAUACUGCCCAGUGCUUUAGCACUCAUCAGUUCGCAUGUUUAAUAGGAUAUGGUGCAAGUGCUGUGUCGCCAUACUUGGCAUUCGAGACAUGUCGGCAAUGGCGUUUGAGUAAUAAAACUGUUAAUCUGAUGAGGAAUGGAAAGAUGCCCACUGUAUCAAUUGAACAGGCCCAGAAGAACUAUUGCAAAGCUGUAAAGGCAGGUCUUCUUAAAAUUCUUUCAAAAAUGGGCAUCUCAUUGCUUUCAAGUUACUGUGGUGCACAAAUAUUUGAAGUAUAUGGAUUAGGAAAGGAAGUUGUUGAUCUUGCAUUCAGAGGAAGUGUGUCGAAAAUUGGUGGAUUGACUUUUGAUGAGGUGGCAAGAGAGACUUUGUCUUUCUGGGUGAAGGCAUUCUCCGAAGAUACAGCUAAAAGGUUGGAAAAUUUUGGAUUUAUACAGUCCAGACCUGGAGGGGAAUAUCAUGCAAAUAACCCAGAAAUGUCAAAGUUGCUCCACAAAGCUGUUCGUCAGAAAAGUCAGAGUGCCUUUUCAGUUUAUCAGCAAUAUUUGGCUAAUCGACCUGUGAAUGUUCUCCGAGAUCUUCUUGAAUUCAAAAGUGAUCGUACUCCAAUUCCCGUGGGGAAGGUUGAACCUGCUUCAUCUAUUGUGCAACGGUUUUGCACUGGGGGCAUGUCACUUGGAGCUAUUUCCAGAGAAACUCAUGAAGCAAUUGCAAUUGCCAUGAACAGAUUAGGUGGAAAAUCAAAUUCAGGGGAAGGUGGUGAGGAUCCUGUUAGGUGGAAACCACUUACAGACGUUGUUGAUGGUUACUCUCCAACUCUUCCACACCUUAAAGGUCUUCAAAAUGGGGAUACUGCUACUAGUGCCAUAAAGCAGGUUGCUUCGGGAAGGUUUGGUGUCACCCCAACAUUCUUAGCAAAUGCUGAUCAGUUAGAAAUAAAGAUUGCACAAGGGGCAAAACCUGGUGAAGGAGGACAAUUACCUGGAAAAAAAGUUAGCAUGUAUAUUGCUAGGUUGAGAAAUUCUAAACCAGGAGUUCCUCUUAUAUCUCCACCUCCUCAUCAUGACAUUUAUUCUAUUGAGGACCUUGCUCAAUUGAUCUUUGAUCUUCAUCAGGUGAACCCAAAGGCAAAAGUGUCUGUAAAACUGGUGGCUGAAGCUGGAAUUGGCACUGUUGCAUCUGGAGUUGCAAAGGGCAAUGCUGACAUUAUACAGAUUUCAGGACAUGAUGGGGGAACUGGAGCAAGCCCUAUAAGUUCCAUCAAGCAUGCAGGAGGGCCUUGGGAACUUGGUCUUACAGAAUCUCACCAGACACUGAUUGAAAAUGGACUUAGAGAAAGGGUUAUUCUCAGGGUUGAUGGUGGAUUUAGAAGUGGAGUUGAUGUCAUGAUGGCAGCAAUAAUGGGUGCUGAUGAAUACGGGUUUGGUUCAGUAGCCAUGAUUGCUACUGGAUGCGUUAUGGCCCGAAUUUGCCACACCAAUAAUUGCCCAGUUGGUGUUGCCAGUCAGAGGGAAGAGUUGCGUGCACGCUUUCCUGGUGUUCCUGGUGAUCUUGUGAACUACUUUUUGUACGUAGCUGAGGAGGUAAGAGGCAUAUUGGCACAGCUGGGGUAUGAGAAGUUGGAUGAUGUUAUUGGCCGGACUGAUUUGUUGCAACCAAGAGACAUAUCUCUGGCAAAAACUCAGCAUCUAGAUCUGAGUUAUAUCCUCUCUAAUUCUGGGUUACCUAAAUGGAGCAGUACCGAAAUUAGGAACCAGGAGCCUCAUACCAAUGGUCCUGUUCUGGAUGAUAGUUUGCUAGCAGACCCAGAGAUUGCAGAUGCCAUUCAAAAUGAAAAGGUGGUUAAUAAGACCAUAAAAGUAUACAACAUUGAUCGUGCUGUUUGUGGACGUAUAGCUGGCGCCAUUGCAAAGAAGUAUGGUGAUACCGGUUUUGCAGGACAGUUGAAUAUAACAUUUACAGGAAGUGCCGGGCAGUCAUUUGCAUGCUUUCUGACACCUGGAAUGAACAUUCGCCUGGUAGGAGAGGCUAAUGAUUAUGUUGGGAAGGGCAUUGCUGGAGGUGAGUUGGUUAUCACUCCAGUUGACAAGACAGGAUUUGAACCGGAGGAUGCAGCUAUAGUAGGGAACACUUGCUUGUAUGGGGCAACUGGUGGACAGGUCUUCGUUAGAGGGAGAGCUGGGGAAAGAUUUGCGGUCAGAAACUCACUUGCUGAAGCUGUGGUUGAAGGCACAGGAGACCAUUGUUGUGAGUACAUGACAGGUGGAUGUGUGGUUGUCUUGGGAAAAGUGGGUAGAAAUGUAGCUGCUGGAAUGACAGGAGGAUUGGCAUACAUUCUUGAUGAGGACGAUACUCUCAUACCCAAGGUAAACAGAGAAAUUGUAAAAAUCCAACGGGUAUCAGCUCCUGUUGGGCAGAUGCAACUGAAGAGCCUGAUUGAAGCUCAUGUUGAAAAAACCGGUAGUACCAAAGGUGCGGCUAUUCUUAAGGAGUGGGAUAAGUAUUUGUCACUAUUUUGGCAGCUAGUUCCACCUAGUGAAGAGGAUACCCCUGAGGCAAAUGCCAAGUAUGACACAACUACCACAGAGCAGGUAAAAGUAGCUGCUACCAAGUAG